UUCGCACGCAUAACAGUUGAGUGAUGUAAAAGAAUUUCCGAAAAUUUGAAUUAGUGGUCUUUUAAAAUCAUUUAACAUGAAAGUUCGAUGAAAAUUAUUGGUAGGAAUUGUAUAAGUUUCUUAAUUCGUUCGAUUAACUUUCAUCACGAACACUCAUCAAUAAAAGUUCUAGCAACCGAAGUUGAGAGGAUACACAAAAGAUUUUAUACUGAGAAGCGAAACCUAAAGCUAGAACACGUUAUUCCUGACUGUAAAGAGAACAUGAAGAAAAAGAUAAUUAUUGAUACAGAUGCUGGCCUCGAUGAUGCCCAAGCUAUACUUAUGGCUUUGGCGUCUAUUCAAGUGGAAGUCGUUGCUAUAACUACAGUGAUGGGGAACACUGGAUCACCUCAAGUUGCUUUAAAUGUUUUGCGUAUUUUGAAGCUAGCCGAUCGUUUAGAUAUACCAAUAUAUGUCGGAUGCAACCAAGCUCUAAAUGGUUACAAGGUUGAAGGAUGUUCCGGAUAUCAUGGUACCGAUGGAUUUGGAGAAUCUCCAGACCCAGAUGCUCCAGAUUCUUCUUUGGUCCAAAAAGAGGACGGAGUCAGUGCUUUGAUUCGCUUAUCUAAACAUUUUUCGGGUGAUAUAUCAGUUGUAUGCAUUGGGCCGUUGACAAACAUGGCGAUGGCACUCAGAAAGGAUAAAAUGUUUGGUCAGCAACUGAAAAAAUGUUAUAUCAUGGGAGGAAAUUAUUAUGGAAGAGGAAACGUAACUGUGUCAGCAGAAUUUAAUUUUCACGUCGAUCCAGAGGCCGCAAGAGAAGUUCUACAUGAUCUAUGUUGUCCUAAAACAUUGCUUGGAUGGGAGACUUGUGAUGAAAAUUCGUUUUCUUGGGACUGGUACAAGAAAUUUCUCAAGAUGAAAUCUAAUAAAAUCAAAUACCUGGCAGAACUUGAGAAAUAUACGAUGAACAAAUAUUAUAUUCCAAAUAUAAAUAAAGGAUUGGUUCAGAAUUAUGAAAUGGCAGAUCAGUUUUUAAUGGCGAUUGCUCUUGACGAAAAUAUAAUAAUGGAAUCUAAAACAGUGUACGCAGAUGUUGAAUUGAAAGGGGAAGUGACACGUGCACAGAUGGUAGUUGACUGGAAUAAAAUGUUAGGAAAAGAACCAAACGUGAAAAUUGUAACAAAAUUUGAUAGGGAUCGCGCUGAACAAAUGCUUAUGGAGUCCCUUAAUGAAAACGAUUAAAAAGAUUAUCCUACAGGAUUUUAGUUUUUUUAUUCAUAUGUACACUAUGACAGAUUUGUUAAC